GGCGGGGGCGGGCCCGGCCCGGCUCCCCCUCCCCUGCGCCGCCGGCUGAGCCUUAGCAGGUAACGGAGGAGGGGCGGCCGCCGCGGGGCUGCGGCGGGAUUUGCUUCCUGGGUUUCCUUUCGCUUCGGCGGGUCCGCCGCGCCGGCUACACCUGGGCCGGGCACGCCUGGGCCGGGCCGGGCCGGGCCGGGCCCGCCGGGCUCCCUGUGGCAGGAGCAGCGAUGGUGCCGGUGUGCGGCGGGGUCUGCGCCCGCCGCCUGCUGCGGGCGGUGGGGCCCGGCCCGGGGCCGCUCCUGCUCGCCGUCACCCGGGCCCGAAGCAGCCAGGCGGGGAGCCCCGCUUCGGCCGUCAAGAAGCGAGGCUACGACAUCAUCAGGAACCCGCACCUCAACAAGGGAAUGGCUUUUACACUUAAAGAAAGGCUACAGCUGGGAAUUCAUGGCCUCCUUCCUCCUUGCUUCCUGAGCCAAGAUGUUCAAGUCCUUCGUGUGAUGAAAAACUUUGAAAACAAGUCUAAUGAUCUAGACAAGUAUAUUGUUCUUAUGACAUUGCAAGACAGAAAUGAGAAGCUUUUUUACCGAGUGCUGACCUCUGAUAUUGAGAAAUUCAUGCCCAUAGUUUACACCCCAACAGUUGGCCUGGCUUGUCAGCAAUAUGGUUUGGCUUUCAGGAAACCACGGGGAUUGUUUAUCACCAUCCAUGACAAAGGCCAUAUUGCAACAAUGCUGAACUCUUGGCCUGAAGAAAAUAUUAAGGCUAUUGUGGUGACAGAUGGAGAGAGGAUUCUUGGUUUAGGAGACCUAGGAAGUUACGGCAUGGGUAUCCCAGUUGGAAAACUUGCUUUGUACACAGCUUGUGGUGGAGUUCACCCACAACAAUGCCUCCCUGUCUUACUGGAUGUUGGCACAGACAACGAGGCUCUCCUGAGUGAUCCACUGUAUAUUGGACUGAAACACAAGAGGGUUCGUGGGAAAGAGUACGACGAACUGAUUGAUGAGUUUAUGCAGGCAGUUACCAACAAGUAUGGCAUAAAUUGUCUGAUCCAGUUUGAAGAUUUUGCCAAUGCUAAUGCUUUUCGUCUCCUCAAUAAAUACCGUGACAGAUACUGUACAUUCAAUGAUGAUAUUCAGGGCACAGCAUCUGUUGCAGUUGCUGGCAUCUUUGCAGCCUUAAGGAUCACAAAGAACAAGCUCUCUGACCAGAAGUUUGUUUUCCUGGGAGCUGGAGAGGCUGCAUUGGGCAUAGCUCAUCUCAUCCUCAUGGCCAUGGAAAAGGAAGGAGUUUCACGAGAGGAUGCCAUAAAAAAAAUUUGGAUGGUGGACUCCAAGGGACUGCUUGUGAAGGGCAGGAGCCACCUGAACCAUGAGAAAGAAAUGUUUGCCCAGGACCACCCCAGUGUGGACACACUGGAAGAGGUUGUGCAGAAAGUGAAGCCUACAGCAAUUAUAGGUGUCGCGGCUGUUGCAGGAGCUUUCACUGAGAAGCUGCUGAAGGACAUGGCAGCCUUCAAUGAGAGGCCCAUCGUGUUCGCCCUGAGCAAUCCUACAAGCAAAGCGGAGUGCACAGCAGAGCAGUGCUACCGCCUCACCCAGGGCCGGGGAAUAUUUGCAAGUGGGAGUCCAUUCCCAAAGGUAACCCUGCCCAGUGGACAGACCUUCUUCCCUGGCCAAGGAAACAACGCCUACGUCUUUCCAGGAGUAGCACUGGGAGUCACUACCUGCGGGAUCCGGCACAUCUCUGAUGAAAUCUUCCUCAUCACAGCAGAGACUAUUGCUGCUGAGGUGACAGAGCAGAAUCUUGCAGAAGGAAGACUCUAUCCCCCCUUAGGCAACAUCAGAGAAGUGUCUCUCAAAAUUGCUGUGAAAAUUGCUGACUGGGCCUACAAGCAUGGCCUUGCUUCUUGGUACCCUGAGCCAGCAGACAAGGAAACCUUUGUGAAACAGCUCAUGUACAGUUCUGACUACGAUUCAUUUGUUCUUGAUGACUACGGGUGGCCCCCCGCAGCCACGCAAACACAAAAUAUAUAAUGUUUUGUGAGAAUUGUUCUCUCUUUUUUGCCAUCGGUUCCUGUGGCCUGUGGCCUAUGUCAUAUAUUGCUGAUACAACACACCUCUAGGCUUGCAGAAUGAUAAAAGUAAAUGAGUCCAAGUAGUUUUUUA